CUUGAAGAUCAGUGCAAGAUUUUUGAUAGAAACUGUACACAGAUCUAAAAAGUACAAAUCGUAGAAAAACCAGUAAGUAAGUACAUUUCUCACUACGCUCAGAAUAUAAUAAUAUGUAAAUACUAAUGUACAAUAUACAUAAACACAUAGUAUACUAGUAGGUAUAUUAUAAUAUAUUAACUUUUUAGUUUGUAUGGUCUAGAAUUUAGAUGAAGCUCUGUAGUGUACAAAGGUGUUGUUUGGACACUCCGUGUAAUCUUUACAAGUUGUAUCGUUAUUCGUUAUGUACGUUAUUUUCUUAUAUUACUCUAUGGUUAUAACACUUUUGUGGUCACAUAAAAACCUAUUAUAAACUAUGGGCAAAUAAACUCCAUGAUGGUUUUUCCACAGCUGAAAUUGAUGGUUGUGUCAAGGUAAAGAAAUUAAAUCAAACUAAUUUACCGGAUUUGGCUUGUUCUUGAUCAACGUCUUCUGCUUAACAAGUAUGCUAUAGUAUUAUCAUGUUUCGAUUCGACACGCGUAAAUUGACAUGUUUACUGUAGGCAGUAAAUAUUGUGUUAUAUUUGACAUAUAGUUUGAAAAUAUUUUAGUUAUUGAACCACAGUUACGUCUUUUUGCUUUCUUUUGAACAUCAGGUCAUCGUUUUUUUCUCGUGUCAUGUAACAGUGUCAUGUAAAGCGUUAAUUGCAUUCGUUUGUUUUGAUAAUAAUUAAUAGGUACCUACUAUAAAGUAACAAAACGUUGCUAAGGUAGGUAAGAAUGUCUGAUCAUACAUUUAAGAUCGCUUGAUCUUCUAGCCGGUCUUCAUUGUCAACUAAAGUAACUUCAAUAAAACUUAUUCCGAAAUCUAAUAAUAUGUACUAUGAAUUAUCGAUGGUUAGUUUUAAAUACCUAUUUAAUAGGCGUGUUUUCGAGUUCAACGCACAGUUUACAAAAUUCGGUUUUGCGAGCCCGGGCGAACCGGUUAAAGGUGGAAAAAUUGAAAAACAAUACAAGACUAUGACAACUCAUAUAAUAUAAUACAUAUUAUUGUUUUAAACUCUUUUAUCUUAAAUAUUUUUAAUACUAGGUAUGAGUGAUAAUCAUUAUCCAGUCAGCGACGGUGUUGGAAGGCUUUCAGUGUUAACACAAGAUGCUUUAGAUGAUUCAUCUACAGGUUCAAACAUUGAAACAAAUUUUGGCUUCAGAAAGUCAAGAAGUAAGGAAUCUAGUAGUUGUUUGCUAAAUCUAAUCCACCUAAUAUAAUUCUAUAAUUAAGUACUCUUUUAUUUUAUUAAUGUUUAUACAUUUAUUUUGUUUGGUUUAAAACAUAAGAUUUGGCGGUCACAUUUGAAGAUGCACAUAAUGAAUCUGGUAAGUAAACAUGAAUUCACAAUAUCUUAGGUAAUAACCUCUUAUUUGUACUAUUAUUUAUUUUAAUUUAUAUAUUAAUUUUCAAUGUUAAUUUAUAGGAACUGGAGUAUAUCAGUUAAAAUUAUUGGUUGUAUGUGGUUUAGUCAAUAUGUCCUGUGCUAUAUCAAAUACAACUGUAUCGUUUGUUUUGCCUUCAGCUAAAGAUUUCAAUUUAAAUUCUACCACCAUAGGAAUAUUAAAUGGAGCUCCGUUUCUUGGUAAGUUAAUCCUUAGAAUUUAAAAUAUAAAGUAGGUAUAAACUUACAACUUAUAUUUAACACAAUAAAAAUAUUUAAAUUUAUGAAUUUAAUAAUAAAUGUUUAAGGAAUGGUGUUGGGAGCAUAUUUUUGGGGAAUGUGUGGUGACAUAAAAGGAAGAAGAUUUGUUAUUUUGUGGUCAAUGGGAUUAGACACAUUAUUCUCUGUUCUAUCAUGCCUAACACAACAUGUUGUCUUGUUUUUCAUAACUAGACUAGGAAAUGGUUUUGCGUAAGUUGCAGUACAUUUAACUAGAUAACUAAAUAUUACAAUUUUAUUCAUCAAAUAUAUUUAUAAUAAUCAAUGUGUUUUUAUAUAAAUAUUAUUUUCAGUAUUAUUGGUGCUAUUUGUUUGAUUUAUGUUUAUUUUGGUGAAUUUUUAACACCUGACAAAAGAGAUGCUUAUCUUCUUUUUCUUGAGAUAUUCUGGGUUGCAGGAAUGAUUGUUGGACCGGGUUGGUAUAAUAUAUUAUUUCAUAAAUUACCUAUAUUCUAUUAGAAAAUAAUUUAAUAAAUAUACAUUUAAUACAAAUUUGACAUUAAAUAAUAAAACAUUACUAUAACUUUAUAACAGAUAAAAAAUAAUGUAUUAACAGCAUUAGGUACUUAUCUAAGUAGAUUCUGAAAAGUAUGACUAACCUUACUCAAUAUUUUAUACAUAUAAAUAAUCAAUGGUUUAAGUGGCCUUUCUUACGUAUAAUAGACUUUUGGCAAUAUUCAAUAAAUAUUCUCUAGGUCUUCAUCUCAACAUCUCCAAAUGCUCAGUCAUAACCUUUUCUCGAAUUCUGACUCAUUUAAAAUUUACCUACCUUUAACCAAACAAUUUCAUCUUCUGGCUCGUACACAUGUCAUCAGUUUCACUUUAACUCCAACUCUUUACCCCCUCAAACAUAUUAAAACUUCUUGCUGUCUAGUCAUCCAGCUCAUUGGGUUCAUCAGCUGUUCCUCUUAACAAUUCCAUUUUCUUUCUCUCAUGACAUAUAAUUCACCUGUACAAUUUGAUUAUAUUUCUAUUCAAGAAUUUUUCAAUAGUAACCUAAUAAUAUUGCGUUUAUAGUAAAUAUAAAUUUUACAUUUAAGGUUUGAAAGCUAUUUUGUUGAAACUACAGGUUUUGUGUUCAACUAUUAUUUUAAGGGAUACAUUUUAUUUCAAAAUAAACAAUUUUUAAUUAAAAAUGUAUUUAAAUGCACAAUAAAUUAUUAACAUGGAAUUCUUAAAAAAUUAGCAAAAUAUGAAAAAAAAAAUUCCGAUUAUGAAUUUACUAUGUUAUUGAAUAGAUUUUAGCUCAUCUAGCUAUAGAAUAUAGACAAAAAUAUACAAUUUUUAUAACUUCUCAUUCUUGCUUAUGAUUUAUGUUGAAAGGUGUAGCUAUGGUGGUUAUUCCUAGCAAUAUAGUUUUGCUGUCACAUUCUUACUUCACCUUUGAUGCUUGGAGAUUAUUUUUAUUACUAACAUCUAUACCAAGUUUAAUUUCAUUUAUACUAAUUUACCAAUAUCCAGAAUCUCCUCGAUAUUUAAUGCUCAAAGGUCAUAUGGUACAAUCAAGAGAAAUUCUUGAACAGAUUUAUUUUACAAACAAUAAAAAAACAACAGAGCUAUACUCAGUAAGUAUUAACUAUUUUUUAAAAUUUGUAUCAAAUAUGUUUUAAUUAGUUUUUGAGCUGAAUAUUUUUAAGGCAUAACUGGAAAUAACUAAUGUAAAUGACUUGGCUCUUAAACUAAUGAAAAUUAUUAUAAUUCAUUUAUUUAUUAAAAAUCAUUAGAACUAAUUAACUAAAAGUAUUGAAAUCUAAGUGUUUAUCAACUUUCAAUUAAUUUAAUUCAUUUUUUAAAUUAUAAGCCCAGCACGCUCUUUUUAUUGUUUUUAUACAAAAUUUUUUAAUUGUAUUCAAUAAUUGUGCAUUAAUAAAUGAUAAAUUAGAAAUAGUGGGAAAAUAUUUAUAAAAUCUUAGUUUGCCUUAAAAAUGUGUCCAGGUUAUAUCCUAGUCUAAUUUUGUUUUUUCUUAAAAAUUAUUUGGGAUAUUAAAUACAAAAUAGAUUUAUGCUAUUAUUUUAAAUAUUCUAAAUGUAAAACUCAAUAAUAACUAAUCAUCAUUACAUUACAGGUUGAAAGUUUCACCCAAUCCUUUUCAGCAAUUGGGUUUAAUACAACAUCAAUUGGAAAUUCAUUCUCAAAAAAUUUAAAAGUAAGAUUAAUUGCUUUGAAAAAUAAACACAAGAUACUAUUCUUUGAAUAUUCCAGGAACAUUACUGUGACUUGUAUAAUAGAAUUUUGUUUGAUGGCAUCGUAAGUAUUAAUCAUUAAUUAAAUUUAUUUAAUAACUCAAAAAAAAAAGUGGUCUUAGUUUUAAAAUGUUGUUAAUUAUUUUCAGUUGAAAACAAUUUUUAUAGUUUUUAAUAUUUUACACCAGUUAUAACUUCUGUUGAACUUACCAUUAUAUACACUGAUUAUUAUUUACAAAAUAUUAAUCAACAUUUAUUAAACAUACUUUGUCUUAAUAAUAUUAUGUAAAUACCUAUUUUUGUUUUUAUUUUUUUUUGUUCUAUUUUCAAUUAGAUAUUUGUAUAAACUUUAAUAUGAUAAUUAAAUAUUUAUAAUACAUUUUUUUACAAUUUACAAUACAAUACUGUUUUAAAAAAUAUAUUUAAAUUUGUUUUCAAAUUUUAUUUUAUUUUGUACACAACUCUAAUUUCUAUAGCUUACUGAAAUUUUGUCAUUUGAUAUUUUUAUGUUACAGAUAUAUUACUGUUCUUAUAUGGAUACCUGAACUGUUUUCUAGGUAUUAUAACUAUAAAUUACACAAUUCAAAUGAUACAAAUAUAUGUACAGCUUCAGAAUGUCUAUUGAAAAAUAAUUAUAAACCAAAAGAUGAAGUAGUUUCAAGUGAUGCAUAUUUUGCUGCUUUAAUUGUAGCAACAUCUACAGUACCUUUCGUAAUUUUAACUGGAAUUUUAAUUAAAUAUUUGAACAAAAAAAUAUUGUUAUGUAUGUAUUGUUUUUAUUAUUCGUAUUAUUCUUAUUAUUAUUAUGUAUACGAUUUAUAGAAGCUUAAGUUCCUACCAUAAAUAGGAUUUCAUAUUUUUAUCAAUUAAGUUUAACCAUUAUUGUCAAAUUAUCCAUGAAAAAAGGAACUAUUGAGUUUAUUAUACAUCCUACAUUUAUAUAUAUUCUCUGUUUUAGACAUGUGAACUGGCUCCUUCUGAAUGAGUUCAAACUUGAUAAUUUACGAUUUUUUUAUAAACAGAUUGAAGUGAUAAAUGUUGGGUUACUAUUCAAUAUGAAUUUUACCAUGUUUUUGCAAGAGGAGGAUGUUUAUUUAGCUUUGAGUACCUUUUAGAUACCCCCCCCCCUUGAAUGAAGCCAGGAGGAUAAAAUUUCUUAUAUUCAUUGUGAUAGUAUUAAUAUUUUGGGAGUUUCAAUUUGUAUGCUUAAAUUUCAGAAUUUUUUUUUUAGAUACAGAAUAAUGUAAUAUUGUAUAGUAUUAUUAUAGUAUUCAGUUAUUUAUUGUUUUACACAUUAUAUUUCUAUAAUACAAAAUAGGAGGGCAUUAGUGACUAAAGUUAUUUUAAAUAUUUUUAUUUGUUGAUAAGUACAAUAAAACAUUGUUCAUUUUGUUAAUCAUUUACUCAUUCACUUUAGUUUAAAUAACACAAUAAUAUCAUAUAAGAUAUAUUCUAAUAGUAAAUAUAGGUAGUACCUAGUAUGUAGUUAUUGUAGUUUAUAAAUGUUGAUCACAUUUUAUAUACAAUUUGAACUACAUGUAUAUUUUUGCUACUAGGUACUUGAAAAAAAUAUAAUGUACAACAUUCAGACAGUAUAUAAUAAUGUAAUACACAUUUUAGUAUAAAAAGUACAUCAUGUGUUACUUUAUUUUUUAAUUAAAUUCAUAUGUAAUACAUUAUUAUUUUUCAAUUGCUCUAAAAAGAAUAAAAGUUAAGUUAUUUACUCUGUUAUAAUUAGUAAUUUAACUUUAUAAAAUAAAUUGAAGUAAGUGCAUAAGUAAUUAUUUCUUUAUAGGUGCCAGUUGUGGAGUCCCAAUUAUAAUUGCACUACUAAUCACAUUAACCAAAAAUAAUUUUCAAGCAGAAAUUAUGUGUUGCAUUUUUGAAGGAUUUACUACUUUGAUGGAACCUAUUAUAUUCUGUACUAUGGUUGAACUAUUCCCUAGUAAUGUGAGGUAAACAAUUGUUAACAAUCAUAUUGUAUAAAACAAAUUGAUACUGUUAGUUUAUUAUUUGCUUCAGAGGAGUAGCAUUCUCGAUGACAGUGAUGAUUGGUCGAUUGGGUGCUGUAUUUGGAAUUAUUGUUUUUGGUACCUUGAUUGAUGAACAUUGUUUUAUGGUAUUCUAUAUUUUAGCAAUUCUAUUAUUAAGUGAGUAUUUUAAUAUUUAUUAUCGUAAAUAUAUUAAUCAAGUGUACAAUCUAUGAUUUAAAUAUAUUGUUCUAACAAAUAGAAGUUUAGAUUUAUAUUUAGAGAUGUUUCAUAAUAAUAUUUAAUUUCCUCUAAUCUUAAAACAGAUUUAAAAUUUAAUUAAUAAAAGUAUUAUGAACCCACCCGCCCCUCAUUUAUAACUAUAAUUAAGUGAAAGUAAUGUGUUAUUUUAAAAACUUCCUUUUAUUUGUCAAUUAUGGGAAUUUUAUGAUUAUUAUGUACUUAACUAUUUGUUUCAGUUGCAUUUUUAGCAAUGGCUUUUUUGCCAAAAUUAAAAGUUGGUGGUAGUCACUGAGUCAUUCAAACACAUUACAAUAAGAUAAUGUUAUUAGGUGAGGUUUGUUAUCCUAGCACUCUCAAAUCAAUUUAUUUGCAUAUAAUCUUAUACUCAUUGCAACUAAUUUUAGGUUUAAUGAUUGCUUACUUAAUCUGCAUGCUUGAACAAAUCAAAUUAAACAUUUCACAUGUUUUAAAAUUAAUGUAAACCAUUAUGAUUAUAUAUUAUUGAAUUUAUUAAUUUUAUAAUUUGUUUAUAAUGUAGGUAGUGACAUAACACUGGGAUUAUUAUGAUUGCUGUAAACAUUUGAAUUUCAAACUUGUAUCUAUACAAAUACAACAACCUUAACAACCAAUACACAACCCUAUAUGCUCGCUAUUAUGUUGUGUUGCCAACGUGUUUUUUUGUCUGGCGUUUUUGUUUUCUCAUGUUAUAAUGGGUGAACAUAUUAAAUGUGUCUACUAUGUAGUAUUGAAAUAUUAAUGAACUAUAACCUAAAAAUGAUAUUGGUACAUUUCAAAUUUAUAAGUAUUAAUAAUAAUCAUGUUGAAAUUUUUCGAUUGAAAUGUUUUUUCAAUUUAAAUCCUUUGGGUAAAUCAACU